AUGAUUCAUACGGUUCGCACGAGGUUGUCUUUGAACCUUCGUCAGAGCCUUGCUAGCUCGAGAAGGAUUGUUUCAGGAAAAUGGGGAGCUCAAAGGCUCACGAACAGGCACUUCACCUGUACCGGGCGCCGCCUUGAGCAAGAUGCUGUGGUGAAGCUUCCUAGCUUCUUGGAGGCAUACAAGAAAGCGGUGGAAUUUCCGCCUGCCACAUACGACUUUGAAACUUUCUUCUCGCAGGCCGAGCCUAAUACUGAAGUCGUUCUCCAUGGAUAUCUGGGUCAGCGCGCGGAUCUGUCGAAGAAGCUCUCAUUCGUUCGUCUCACCGACCCGACGAUGAAACACAGCUUGCAAGUAGUCGGGUUUGCCAAGAAUGAUGCAUUCGAGAAGCUCAAGACCAUCAAUGCCAACAGUCCUGUCGCUGUGCGCGGCACAGUCCAGCAGAAAAAGAAAAAGAGUUCCGAUAAUGGAACCACGGCCGAGGACUCUUGGGAGCUUGCUCUUGAGGAUAUUCACGUGCUCAACGAUUUUCCCAAAGAAAUCAUCAUGACCCCCGAAACGGUCUUUGCGCCCGAGCAAAGAUAUCUUCAACUCCGGUCCGAUGCCGACCUACGUGAAGCACUGCGGUUCCGGGCGGAAGUGCGCAAUGUCUGCAAGAAGGAGCUCGAGGAAAACAAUCAGCCCGCCUUUGUAGAGAUCGAGACACCGCUUCUGUUCAAGUCUACACCCGAGGGUGCUCGCGAGUUUUUGGUCCCGACUAGGCGACCCGGUCUGGCGUAUGCUUUGCCUCAGAGCCCACAGCAAUACAAGCAGAUUCUCAUGGCUAGCGGCCUUCCACGCUACUAUCAAUUCGCACGUUGCUUCCGAGAUGAGGAUCUUCGGGCAGAUCGGCAGCCGGAGUUCACCCAGCUGGAUCUGGAGAUGUCUUUUGCUACGGGCGAUGAUGUGAUGCGCACUGUCGAAGGAGUCAUCCGUCGGCUCUGGUCAACGUUGAUGAGCGACGCUGCUCCAGAAGGUCCUUUCCGGAGAGUCUCUUAUCAGGAGGCCAUGUCAAAGUAUGGCUCCGACAAACCAGACACGAGAUAUGGCAUGGAAAUCACGCGACUAGACUACUUGUUGCCGGUCGAUCUAGUCAUGAAAAUCUCGCCCCUGACAAACCCCAUUGUGGAGGCCUUCAAACUGGAGAAUGUCAACAAUGAUCCAGCUGAGACUCAAAAAUUCAUCACAGACUUUUUGGACUCACCGGCUGGAGCCGCCUACAACAACAAUCCUCACGGAGGACCCGGCGUCUUCGUGUACAACGGCAAGCAGCCACUUUGUGGAUUACAACCAUUUGGCUUUGAAGCUGCCGAAAAGGUCGAAGAGCUCCUCGAGCCAGAUCACGGUGACCUGAUCAUUCUCCAGGCUCGCCCUCGUGAGCCAUUUGCAGGGGGAUCCACGCCCUUAGGCGAUCUUCGUCGCGCCUUGCACGCCCACGCAGUAUCGACCGGAUUUAAAGACGCACCCACAGGCUUCGACUUCAUGUGGGUGGUAGACUUCCCAUUGUUCUCCCCAUCGUCCGAGUCCGAGCCCGGCCAAGGCGGUGCCGCAGGCUUCUCUUCUACCCAUCACCCAUUCACAGCACCCAAGACCGCCGCCGACGUGGAGCUCCUUCUCACUGACCCCACCAAAGCACUGGCCGAUCAUUACGAUCUCGUCGUCAACGGCGUUGAGCUCGGUGGUGGCAGUCGACGUAUCCAUGACGCUGCAGUGCAGGAGUUUAUCUUCCGUGAUAUCCUGAAGAUGCCCGCUGAAAGACUGGAGGAUUUCUCUCAUCUCUUGGAUGCGCUCCGCGCUGGAUGUCCCCCGCAUGCCGGUCUUGCGCUGGGUUUUGACCGUCUUGUUGCAGUGAUGCUUGGUAAGGAGUCUGUACGCGAUGUUAUCGCUUUCCCCAAGACGGGCAAGGGUGGCGAUGAUGCUAUGGUUGGUGCGCCGAGUCUUAUGACUGAAGCUUCGCUGGAGACAUAUCAUUUGCAGCUGAGAAAGCCAUGA